AUGAAAAAGUAGAGGGGGAGAGGCAGUCGGUCUCUCCUAUGGGUAUAUAAGAGAGUACAUCAUCUCUGCCGUCAGUGUCUCUGUUACAGCAACUGAACCUAUUCAUUCACAUUCAGUAUGCAGGAUCACACUCACAGAGGGGCUCUUCUAGCCUGGUGCCUGGUGUUUUUGGUGAUUGUACAGCAGGUGACCUGCAGCCCUCUGCCACAGUUGGACACACCCUCAUCUGUGCAGAAAGUUCAAAGGUCACUGAAGAGAACUGCUCGAAUGACCCCAUUAUGGAGGAUCAUGGGUACUAAACCUCACGGUGCCUACUGCCAGAACAACUACGAGUGCUCAACAGGAAUAUGCAGGAGAGGCCACUGUUCCUACAGCCAACCAAUUAAUUCCUAAAAUGAAGACUCCAUCUUCCCUCUCUGAUCGUGCAUGACAAGAGUUUGAUUCAAUGAGCAACAGGGGCAACUGAAUGUGAAUGUGCAGUUAAUCAUCAAUUAGAUAUAUAGUUAUAUCCAAUUAUAUAUCUAAUAGAUCUAUAUCUAUAUCUAUAUCUGACUCCUCUAAAGCCACAAAGGAGGCAAUAGGUAAUGUUCUGAAGAUUGGGCUUAUCAUAAAGUAGGCUACAUAAUGUGGACUUUUUCCUCAUAACCUCCAACCUACAUGCACAGUGUAUUGCUAUAUACAGUAAGCAUUAUUAGUGAGAUUCGAUUUACAUAUUUGAUGGACUAAUGUGCUGAGAAGGUGAUAGAGUACAGUAUAUGUUAUGAAGUAUGUCAUUUUGGGCCAGAUUCCCUGAACCAGAUUAAGUCCAAUACGUGUCCUGGAUAUACCUGGAGUAGAGUAUGGCCCUUGCCACUAACAGCUCAUCUCAGCUCAGGACUAAGCUCAGUCUAAACAUGGAAACUGGUCUGUAGUAUUAGAUCAUGUUACUUGAAAGCUAUGUAUGCAAGUGAAGGCAAGCGUUAACCGUGAAGUGCCUUAGCUCAACCGAAAAGCCGUUGAACCAAAGUUAGUCUAUGAGAAAAUGGGACAGAGAAAGUGCAAAGGUUGCCAUUAUUGAUCGUGUCUAGAUAUAAUUAACCAUUUACCUCCAUCCUUUGCCUUUGUCUAUGUGCUCAUGUUUGAAGUAUUUAAUUUAAGACUCAUUUACCUUUCACUAUUUAUGUUGUUAUAAGUGUCUCAUUUCACGAUUUCAAAGCAUCAUUUCAAUUUUGGAUUACUUAUUUAUUAUUUUUCUCUUUUUAUUUAAAAUUUUUCUCUUUUUAUUUUGUAUGAUUCAACAGUUCAUCAAAAGCUCAAUUUUUAUGUAUCGGACUAUAUAUAUAUCUAUAAGAUGUAUACUUACUGUACUGUAACUCUAUAUGUGCAUGUCUCAUAUGAGUGAACUUUGGGGUUCUGAAAUAAAAACUUGUACC